AAUUACACUUUUAAGAACUUUUGAGAUUCACCCAAUGGAGAUAAAAGUGAGAGAUGUCGGAGGGAAUCCGCCGAGUCUCGAGGAAACAGUCCCCAAUUUUCUCUGUUGAGAGUAGGGAGGACCCCCAGACAAAACUUCUUGGAACUGGUCACAAGGUAGGGCAGCAAUUUUGGGGUGAAGCUACUCUUACAGCUGUUUAUCUCAUUAAUCGCAUUCCAUCAUCAGUCCUUAAUAACCAAUCUCCAUACGAGCAUUUACAUGGUACAUCUAAUGAGGUCUACAAUGGCUCACCACAUGCUUCAACUAGUUCUGCAGAAGAUGAUCUACCUGCUGGUAAUGCAUUAGAUAAUUUUGAGCCUUCCUCUACUUCCUCAUCUAUAUCACCUUUUAAUGUUGCAUUUGAUAUUGUUAAGUCUACAAAUGAGCUUGUUGUCCCAUCCUCGAGUUGUCCUACUCGAAUGGAUGUGAAAAAUGCUUUUCUUAAUGGUGACCUAGAAGAAGAAGUUUAUAUAAAACCACCUCUUAGGUUCAACCAUCCUCCAAACAAGACUAUUCGAGGUAUGGUUCUUUCACUUCUUUAUGUUGAUGACAUGAUUACUACUAGAGAUGAUAUCACAGGUGUUGAAGAGCUAAAACAAUCUCUCAGUCAGAAAUUUGAGAUGAAAGAUCUUAGUGUUCUGAGCUAUUUUCUAAGGCUUGAAGCCACCUUUACAUAUGAUGGCUACUUGCUUUCUCAAGUAAAGUAUGCCUUCGAUCUUAUUUCUAAAGUUGAACUCAAUGAUAGCAAGAGUGUUUCUACACCUCUUGAACCUAAUGUCAAGCUCACACCUAUUGAUGGCUCUCCACUUUCUAAUCUUACUGACUAUCGACAGUUGGUUGGUAGUCUGGUUUAUCUUAUCAUGACACGCCCUGACAUAGCAUAUGCAGUUCACAUUGUUAGUUAGUUUAUGGCUACUCCUCG